AUGGACUGGAUCAUCCUCGUUUUCCUUCUCCUCUACUUCUUCAUCACUCUGCUGGCGAACCUGAAAUUGCUGUUCUACUUUGAGCACUCGAGCGACAGCAGCCUCACUGCCCCGGAAGUCGUGUGCAAAGUCGCGAUCCUCUCCGGCCUCCAACUCGCCUGGCUCCUCAUUCUCGCCGUGCCUCUCGACGCUUACAAUCAACAUUCUCCAUUCAUCGACAAGGCCGCGGGCGCACUCACUGCAGGCCUGGACAUGCGCCUUUACUGGGGCGUGGUCUCCUGGUUCAUUACCCUCUACCUCCUGCUUGCUGUUCCCUUCGCCACGUUUUACUACGAGGCAGACUUUGACCCACGGGUGACGAAGCGAACGCCGUGGAAGCGCGCUCUGCUCAAAACGUUACUCGCCGUCUUCUUCGCCGCCGUCAUCGUUUUCGUCGUCUACAUUCUCUGUCGAUCCAUCAGCCUCAAGCUCGACCAAGACCUCUGCAGUCAGUGGCAGUCGCAAGAUGUCUCGCAGCCUCUCUCGGACUUCUGCGCGGCGAUCGCGCAGACGGCUGCAGGCCCGCCGCUCUCGUCCUCUCCACAGAGCGACGCGAAAGCCUCGGAGAACGUCGAACCCCCCAAGCCUCUCGAUAUGAAAGUCGACCUGAGCGUGUACCUCCUCGCCGCCAUGAGUUUCGUUGGCUGGUUCACCUUUGCGCUCUUUGGCGGCAUCGGCAUGGCCGCACUGCCUCUCGACGCUUUCGUCGGCUUCCGCUAUCGCCCGCGGGCGAUCUCUCUCUCAACCUUCAAAGAGGUUCGUCGCCAACUGGGAGAGAAGGCGAAGAAGCUGCGCUUUAUCGGAGAAGCGCUCUGCGCGGAGGAGACAGUUCAGCAGACGCUGUCCUGGAAGGAGAUACGGAGAAAGCGGCAGUUUCGUACGGACGUGAAUCGCUACAAGAAGGCAGUCUUCGACCUUGACCAAGAGCACCGGCAACUCGCUAUCUGCAUGCGAGAGCGCGGCGAAAAUCCCUUCUUCUCGUACCUCAAACUUUUCCUUGGAAUCGUCGCCUUCGCUAUGUCUGUUAUCUGGACGGCGCACACGAUCCUCAACUGCGUUCUGCCUCAGAUUCUCGAUGUCUCCUCUACCUCCAAUCCAGUCUUCGGUUUCCUCGACGCUUUCCUCAGGCUUCUCGCAGAUCACUCAGCCGCUCUCCUCGCACUUCUCAUUUACGCCGCGUUUGUUUGCUACUUGCUCGUGUGCGUCGUCAAAGGGUGUUUCAAAUUUGGAGCUAGCGUGUUUUGUUUCAUUGGGAUUCACCCGAUGCGAAAGGACGAGACGCAUUUGAAUUCGUUUCUGUUCAACGUCGUCCUUGUUCUUCUCUCCUGCGCCGCUGUCGUCCAGUUCACGGCCCGCUGCUUCCGGGAUUACAGUCACUCGACGGUUGCCGCGUGGAUUUUCGACGUCCAGCUUCUUCUCCUCCCUUUCUUCGGGUUCGUUUUCAAGUACAAUAUCUUUAUCUACAUUUUCCUGGGCGUCGAGCUGAUCUCCGCGUUCGUCCUUCUGUGCCGAAUGUGUUCGGCGCCGCCGCCCGCGGCCACCGGGGCGAAGAAGCUGUCUCCGGUCGGCGCUUUCCCCUCUCUCGCCCAACAGCUCCGGGCAACGACCGAGGAGGGGACAGGUGGAGCCCAACUAGCGACGCCCGAUGGAGACACGGAGACAGUGGAGGGCGAAGGCCGUGAAACGGUUCUGGAUAAAGGCGAUCCACAGUCCAAGAAGAAAAAGAAGGGCAGCAAGAGAGAGAGUGAGAAGCAGCGGGGAGAUGAUUUCGGUCGAGGGACUCGAGGCGCUGGAGGAAGUGGAGCACGAGUGCAGUUCGCCGUUCGACCGGCGAACCGGAGUGACAGCGAAGAUGACAGAGACGAGGGCGCCAAAACCAGGGACAGUGAAGACGCAGAAGUGCCCGUGCCCCACAGAAAGGUGUGGGGGAAGAAGAGCACAUCCCGCGUUGUAUGA